CCCGGAGCCGCUUCCACACACGCGCUCGCAGCCGCUUCCGAUUCCGGUUCGGGGCGUCAUGGGCGGCCGUAACAAGAAGCACCGUGGCGGCAGCUCGGCCCAUGCUGUGUCCGCUGCUACCGCGGCCACCGCCGCUGCUCGAUCGCGAGCCGCUGCCGAGGCCGGUUCUGCCGCCGCCAAUGAGGCCACAGGCAGCAGAGCGGCCCCGCGGCCGCCGCCCGCCUGCAAGGAGCCGCGCGUGAAGCAAGGUCCAAAAACUUACAGUUUUAGUUCACCAAUAGAUUCCAAUGCUGCUGCAGCUGCAAAUCAAGAUAAAUCUAUUCUUAAGGUAAUGAUAAGCAGUAAUUUGGAGAAAAGGAUUAUUGAUUUAAUCAAUGACCAUAAAAAACAAAACAAUGACAAAGGGAUGAUUUCUAAAAGACUGACUGCUAAGAAACUACAGGAUGUCUACAUGGCUUUACAAAGGUUUUCUUUUAAGACUGAGCACAUUGAAGAAGCAAUGAAAAAUACACUUUUAUAUGGUGGUGAUCUUCAUUCUGCACUCGACUGGCUUUGUUUAAACCUUCCUGAUGAUGCCUUGCCAGAAGGCUUUAGCCAGCAGUUUGAAGAGCAGCAACAUAAACCCAGAGCAAAAUUUUGUUCUCCUGUGUCACAACGUGAACCUCCACCUCGCUUAACAGUUAAGAAAAAGAAAGAGAAUAGCCCUGAAACUAAGGAGACAAAUAUGAAGGAACAGAAAGAAAUGAGCAUGAAGGAGUGGAUUCUGCGGUAUGCUGAGCAACAGAGUGAUGAAGAGAAAAAUGAAUCUGUGAAAGAGGCAGAUGAAGAAAAGUUUGACCCAAAUGAAAGGUAUGUACAUCUGGCUGCAAAGCUUUCAGAAGCAAAAGAACAAGCAAGCACCUCCAAGCAAGACAAAGACAAGCAAGGCCAGAAGGUGGCACAAGAGAAAAUAAGAAGAAUUCAACAAGAAAUGGCAAUGCUUGAAGAGCAUCCUGUCUUUGAUCCAGCUAUUAAGACAUCAAACCAACAACAGAAGGAAAAGAAAAAAGUUCCCCCACCUCAACCUCAAGAAACCACUUUGAAUUUGAGUUUGCUUGAAAAACCUGAUGGUGCUGCAAAGGAAGAAAAAGCCAAAAAGAAAGAACCACUAGAUAUAAGAAAUUUUGAUUAUAGUGCUCGAAGCUGGACUGGUAAAUCACCAAAACAAUUUUUGAUUGACUGGUGCAGGAAGAAUUUUCCCAAGAGUCCAAAUCCUGCUUUUGAAAAGGUUCCAGUUGGAAGAUACUGGAAAUGUAGGGUGAGGGUUACUAAAUCAUCAGAUGAUGUAAUGACAAUGUGUCCUACAAUCGUAACAGAAGACAGUAUGCAAGCACAACAUCUUGCUGCUACUUUGGCUCUGUAUCAUCUAACCAAGGGACAGUCAGUUCAUCAGUUGCUGCCUCCUACCUACCGAGAUGUCUGGCUAGAGUGGAGUGAUAUUGAAAAGAAAAAGGAAGAAGAAAACAAAAUAGAAACUAACAAGCCUCGUGAUAACUUUAUUGCUAAAUUAUUAAACAAACUAAAACAGCAGCAGCAGCUACAAUCUGAAAAGCAACCAAAAGUAUCUGAAGGUCCUGAGGAUUCCUGGGAGAACCUAGUUUCUGAUGAGGACUUCAGCAGUCUCUCCCUUGAGACUGUAAACACAGAUAAUUUGGAACCUUCAAGGAAUUUGUUCAGAAAGCUGCGAAGUUCCUCCAGAUAUCAAGAAUUUCUGAAAGAAAGACAGGAAUUACCUGUAUUUAAGCACAGACAUUCAAUUGUAGAAACUCUUAAAAAACAUCGAGUAGUUGUUGUAGCUGGUGAAACAGGCAGUGGGAAGAGUACCCAGGUGCCCCAUUUCUUGCUGGAAGACUUGUUGCUGGAUGAGAGAACAAGUAAAUGUAAUAUUGUGUGCACGCAGCCUCGAAGAAUCUCAGCAGUGAGCUUGGCUACAAGGGUUUGUGAAGAGCUAGGCUGUGAGUCUGGACCUGGAGGAAAAAACUCCCUAUGUGGGUAUCAAAUUCGUAUGGAGUCAAGAACAGGAGAAGCCACUAGACUACUAUACUGUACAACAGGUGUUUUGCUUCGGAAACUUCAAGAAGAUGGUCUUCUCUCAAGUGUAUCGCAUGUUAUUGUAGAUGAGGUGCAUGAAAGAAGUGUCCAGUCUGAUUUCUUACUAGUUAUCCUGAAAGAGAUCUUGCAUAAGCGUUCAGACCUGCAUCUGAUUUUGAUGAGUGCUACUGUAGACAGCGAGAAGUUUUCCAGCUAUUUCUCACACUGCCCCAUUUUAAGGAUCUCAGGGAGAAGUUAUCCUGUUGAGGUUUUCCAUGUUGAAGAUGUAAUUGAAGCAACUGGCUAUGUUCUGGAAAAAGAUUCAGAGUAUUGUCAGAAAUUCUUAGAAGAAGAAGAAGAAGUAGUGAUAAAUGUUACUACAAAAGGAGGAGGCACUGCAAAGUAUCAGGAGUAUGUCCCAGUCCAGUCUGGAUCUGGUAUUGAUUUGGCUCCUUACUACCAAAAGUAUAGCAGUCGGACCCAGCAAGCAGUGUUCUAUAUGAAUCCUUACAAGAUCAACCUUGAACUUAUUUUGGAGUUGCUUGCAUACUUAGAUACAAGUCCCCAGUUCAGGAACAUUGAAGGUGCUGUGCUGGUCUUUUUACCGGGCCUUGCUCAUAUCCAGCAGUUGUAUGAUCUCAUUUCAACUGACAGAAGAUUUAGCUUGUGUGAUAGGCACAGAUUGAUAGCUUUGCAUUCUGUUCUUUCAACACAAGAUCAAGCAUCUGCGUUUACAAUACCUCCUCUUGGCAUUAGAAAGAUUGUUUUGGCAACAAAUAUAGCAGAGACAGGUAUUACAAUACCAGAUGUUGUCUUCGUAAUUGAUUCUGGAAGAACAAAAGAAAACAGGUACCAUGAAAGUAGUCAGAUGAGUUCCUUGGAGGAGACUUUUGUUAGCAAAGCUAGUGCUUUGCAACGCCAAGGAAGAGCUGGGCGUGUUAGGGAUGGAUUCUGCUUCCGAAUGUACACAAGAGACAGGUUUGAAAGUUUCAUGGAGUAUUCAGUUCCAGAAAUAUUACGUGUGCCUUUGGAAGAAUUAUGCCUUCAUAUUAUGAAAUGCAACCUUGGCUCUCCUGAAGACUUCCUUUCCAGAGCAUUAGAUCCACCACAACCACAAGUGAUUGGUAAUGCAAUGAACCUGUUGAGGAAAAUAGGGGCUUGUCAGCUAAAUGAGCCCAAACUGACUCCAUUGGGCCAGCACCUUGCAGCCCUUCCUGUCAAUGUAAAAAUUGGCAAAAUGCUUAUAUUUGGAGCUAUAUUUGGCUGCUUGGAUCCUGUGGCAACCUUGGCUGCUGUUAUGACAGAAAAAUCACCAUUUACUACACCAAUUGGUCGGAAAGAUGAAGCAGAUCUUGCAAAAUCAUCUAUAGCACUGGCAGUCUCAGAUCACAUUACAAUCUACAAUGCUUAUCUGGGGUGGAAAAAGGCUCGGCAAGAAGGAGGACAUCGUGCUGAAAUGACCUACUGUCGAAGAAAUUUCCUUAAUAGAACUUCACUCUUAACUCUGGAGGAUGUGAAGCAAGAACUCAUAAGAGUGGUCAGAGCAGCAGGGUUCACAGCACCAACAACUCAACAUCGGUGGGAUGGAAAUGGAGCCACACAAUCCCUGUCUCUCCAUGAAAUUGCUCUUCUUAAAGCUGUGUUGACUGCAGGGCUUUAUGACAACGUAGGAAAAAUAAUAUAUACAAAAUCUGUGGACAUCACAGAGAAACUGGCAUGCCUGGUAGAAACUGCUCAGGGUAAAGCACAAGUACAUCCUUCCUCAGUAAAUCGAGACCUACAGGUAUAUGGAUGGCUUCUUUACCAGGAGAAGGUGAGGUAUGCAAAAGUGUACUUGAGAGAGACCACUUUAAUAUCACCCUUCCCCAUUUUGCUUUUUGGUGGGGAUAUAGAAGUCCAGCAUCGGGAGCGUCUUCUGACAGUUGAUGGCUGGAUCCAUUUUCAGGCUCCUGUAAAGAUAGCAGUAAUUUUCAAACAACUGAGAGUUCUCAUAGAGUCUGUCUUACAGAAGAAGCUUGAAAAUCCUAAAAUGUCACUUGAAGAUGAUAAAGUUUUACAAGUCAUCAAAGAACUGAUAAAAACAGAGAAUGGUAUCUGAAACAUGGACAUAAGUAAGAAUCCAGAGCUUUGGUAGUACCAGGAGAAAUACACACUCCAACACUAAAUGAAAGUAUUUAAAUGAUAAGUGUGGUUAAUACCAGUUAUGACAUGGGUAGUCUGCAUGAUUUCUACAUAGAACUUACAUUUCUGUAUCAUCUUUAAAGAUGAAUGUGUACAGAUUAAUAAUUUUAUCCUUUUAUGCCAGUGCCAUUUAUCAGAAUGUAUGAAUAAUGAAAUCACAGAAUGGCUUUGGUUGGAAGGGGCUUCAGGGAAAUCGAGUUACAGCUCCCCUCUUGUGGGCAGGGUUGCCACAUGUUAGAUCAGACUGCCCAGAGCCCUGCUUCAUUCAGCCAGGAGUGAGGCAGUUGCAGCUUCUCUGGGCAGACUGUUCCAGUGCCUCAUCACCUUCUGAGUAAAGAAUUUCCUCGUAGAUCCCCUGUAACCUAAAUCUCAUUUUAGUGUAAAAACCAUUCUCCACUGACCUGUCAUUAUCAGACAGUGUAAAAAAUAAUAAUAAUAAACAGGAGGGAUUUAUUUUUUUUUUUAAUUUUAUUUAUAAGCUCCCUUUAAGUACUGGAAGGCUGCAAUGAAGUCUCUCCAAAGUCUUCUCUUCUCCAGGCAGUUGAAUUGCCUCAACAUUUAUUUGUAGGGGCAUGCUCUAUUCUUCUUUAUCUUCAUAGCUUUCCUUUGUGUCUGCUCUGAUGUUUUCAUGUCUUUAUGCUGCUGGGGGCUGCAGACCUAGAUGCAGUACUGUAGGUGAUGCCUUACAAGGGCAGAGCAGAGGGGGACAAUCGCCCUGCUGGCCACUCCUCUUUUGAUGCAGCCCAGGAUAUAGCUGGCCUUGUCUGCAAGUGUACAUUGCUGGCUUGCCCCAAACUUCAACUACCAGAAUCCCGAAGUCCUUUUUUCCAGGGCUGAUCUUGAUGGAUUCUUCCCCCGGUCUGUCUAUGUGUCUGGCAUUCCCCUGAACUAGGUGUAGCACCUUGCACUUGUUGAACCUCAUUAGGUUCAUCUGGGCCCACUUCUUAGCUUGUCUGCAUCCCUUUGAAUUACAGGCUGAUCUGGCAUGAUUUGCCAUUGCUGAAGCUGUGCUGGUUGUCUCAUAUCACAUCCUUGUAUGUGCCUUAACAUAGCUUUCAGGAGGCUCUGUUUAAUGAUCUAUCCAGGCAAAGGUUUAAGGCUCACUGGCCUGUAGUUCCCCAGGUCUUACUUCCACUCUUAAAAGUGGGAGUGAUUUUUACAAUUUCCAGUUAGAGGAGACAGCUACAGAAUCUUUGUUAUUUUUCAUAUCCUUUGCCAGGUUCUUCUCCAUUUCUCCCUUGAUUUUCCUGAUCUUACCUCUACACAUAUGUGGACAGUAUCUGUGUCCUCUUCCCAGGACACCUGCCCCUGCUUCCACUGCUUGUGCAUUUCCUUCUUAUCCCUCAAUUUGACCAACAGGUCUUUUUUUCAGCCAUGCUGGUUUCCUGCCUCCUUCGUUUAAUUUUGUCUGCUUGGGGAUGGAGAGCUCUUGCACAGUCAGAAAAACAGUCUUAAAAACUGCUGGCUCUCUUCCAUUCACUUUGUCCCUAAGGGGAUUCCCAGGGGAUCCCAUCCAGAUUCCUUAAACAGAUGGAAUUUUGCUCUUCUGAAGUUGAGGAUCUUGACUCUGCUCUUUGUCAGGCUCACAUUCCUCAAGAUCACAGACUCAAUCAGGACAUGGUCACUGCAGCCCAGAACUCCAUUCAUUCUUAAUUAAUGAUGUUCUUGCAUUGGUGAGCACCAGCUGGAAUAGUGCUUCACCUCUUGUUGGUUUGCCUAAUACCUGGACAAGGAGGUUAUCCGCUGAAGCAAGAAGGCCUUGUCAACAGACUCCUGAUCAGGCAGCCUGAUGUCCUUUAUUAUUCCUGUCCUAAACUUUUGCCCACAAUCUCUCAACCUGAUUCCAGCUGUUUCUCAGAGGCAAUUUCUUGCAGUCUACCCAUCUGUUAACAGAGAGGGCAUCUCCCUUCCCUGCCUUCCUUGUCUGUCUCUUCUAAAAAUCUUGUAGCUCUUGAACUGCAUCGUUCCAACUGUGCAAUAUAUCCUGCUGCAUUUUCCUAGUGGCAGUCUGGUUGUAGUUUUCCAGUUAUACCAUGGUUUCCAGCUUCUGCUUAUUUCCCAUGCUGCAUGCAUUGGUAUAGAUAUACUUCAGCUGAGCUGCUGGUCACAUUACUUUCUAUGAGGAGCCCUCCUGAAUUCCUUUAGGACAAAUGUGAGUUUUUUUCACUGCUUUUUCCUAGAGUGGCAGUGUACCUUGGGUCUUCUCUGUUACUCAUAAUUGCAUUCACUUCUGCCGUUGAAUCUAGCUCAAAGCUCUGUUAGCAGGUCCAGCCAGCAUGCUGCCCAGAACAGUCUUGCCCCUCUUGUUCAGUUGUGUCCCAUCUACAUUCACUGUCCCUUAAAGUUGUGACUGAGGUCAAAGAACCCAAAGUCCUGAGUGUGGCACCAUGCACACAGCAGUUCAUUCACCUGGUCGGCUCACUUCCUUCUUCCUGGGUCCCAGUCUCCUGAAUGAUGAAAGCUGAAUGAUGAAAGCAGCUUCUUUUAUAUAAAAAUGGCUGUGGCCAACUCCGGUUUUUCAUUUCACCAUUCAUGGUGAUGCAGACUGUACUAGUAAUUCAAAAUUGGGUCUUAAAUCUCAGUAGCAUAGUGGUCCAGUAGAUAUAUGCAAACAGAAGACAGAUAUCUCAUAUGUUGGUUCUGCAAGUAUUUUUUUUUAAGCUAUGAAUAUGUGGCAUUAAUGCAGCAUGUCUUACAGAUUUAUUCUUUUCUGUGUGGUUUAUGAUUUUAAAAAAUGCUGUAACAAGAAGAUAGUGUACCGUGUUCAGGUGCAGGGCUUAGCCAAACACAUGUAUUGACCACCAGCCCAUCUCUUCUUCCUUUGUGUUUCUCACACUUGUUCUUUCCUGUUCACCUAGAUCCUUGUUUCUUCCUGCCUUUGGCCUGUCCCUGGAGGUAGUGGAAUAAGUUUUGCUUUCUCACGUGCUUCUUAUCUUGUAAUGAUCUUUGUAUAGUCCCACCAACCCCUUUAAAUCUCAUAAUGCUUAUGAUGACAGAGUUUAUCUCUUCUUGGUUAAUGAAGUUCAGGCUGACUCUCUUCAGUGCUAUAUUGGAGCUGUUCCUUAAAUGGCUGAAGACUUCAGGUCUUUGUUAUUCUGUUAACUUAUUCCUUAAUUUUGCAUGUUUAACUACAUAGAAUCAUAGAGUAUCACAAAUGCAAACCCUGUGUCUGAGUGCGUUGUCCAGAUGCAAUUUGAGCUUGGUCAUCUUGGUGCCAUGACCACUGCCCUGGGUGGCCUGCCAGGACCUGACUGCCCUUGGGGAGGAGCCUUUUUUUAAUUCCCAACCCAACUCUCCCCUGACACAAAUUCUUUUGUUGUUCUUGCCUUUAUACUGAAUAGUCCUUAACCAGAUAACAAUGAUACUGAUCCUCUUACACUUGUUUACAACAAUGAAGUGAGAAUUUCAGAUCAGGAUCUCAGAUGUUAGAGAAACUUUUACCAUGCAGCAGUUGCACUCUAAGCAGUAACUCUGUAUGUACAGACAGUUGCAUAGUGCAGAAGAUUUAUUUUGACAAGUACAGGUUCCAUGCAGCAGGUUAGUGGCGUCUUCCUUUCUAAGGAGCCAAUGAAGAAAAUACAUGAUCUUGAAAGAGACCAAGGAAAAUAUACAGAUACCCAGUUAGAUGGUGAUAGGAGAACUGGUAGUGCUGUGCUAAAGGAAAACCAUGAGAUAGUAGUAGAUUGACCUUUGAAGCUUAUACUCCAUUCUGGAAAAAGGCAAGUUGUAGUGCUUUUCUAGGGCCUCUGAAGUAAACGUAAUUGAUCUGCUAUCCUUUAUGAAUUGUAAUAAGCUAAUAGUGUUCCAGCUUUCCUGGAAAAGACAAGGAGUGCGUUAUUUUUAAUUGUAAAGUCUACAACACUUAUUGAAGUAGUUUUAACUGCUUAAGUUUGAUCUUCAUGCCUCAAUUUUGCACUCUGUUCCUUAGAUGCAUUCUUUUCUGUAGUAGUAGUGUAGGUGUAAAAAAAGCUAUUAAUUGCAUUCCUGGAAGAUGAAAUUAAACCUGCAAUCCAGAUAGCCAGAUUUCAAGGAAAUUAUUUCCUGGGUUUUGCUCUAGUUUGUCUUUUAUUUCUCUCCUUUAAAAAUGUGGAGAUAUAUUUUAGUAGUCGGAUGACUGUCAAACUCCUGUUCCUUUUGGAUUUGAAUUUCAGUUGUCAGUUGGUAUCUUAAAAUGGUUAAAUCCCAGCAAGACUGUUAAUUGUCCUUGAGGUUUUUCUCCUUUAUUUAAUCAUGGUGAAUAUUGACUUUUAAUUCAAUUUAUGUAUGGUAAUGUUGAAGCUCACAGGAAUUAUUUGCCUUUCCCCAGCAUGCCCUGCUUUGUAGUCUCUUCAGUUGUUAAUACAAGGGUCUAUUGUAAUAACUAAGGAGUUGGUGACUGCAUUUGGAGUGAUCAACAGUCUCUGCAAAACAGAUGAAACAGGUCAAGCUGUGGUAUUGCAGAUAGCUAUGCUUAUCUUAAAAAUUAAUGGGGAUUAAAAAAAGAUUGCAGUGGCUUUCUGCAUAUGCAGAUUACGCAAGCAACUUUGUGCCUGUGCUCUUUUGAAUGGAUACCUUUUCAUUUUGCUCCAUUUAUUUAAUAAAUACUUUUAAUACGU